AUGUUGACCGACCCCUGCGACUACCCAGACUGCUCGGCUUGGGCUUUGCCCGUCGCCGGCGACUGCGAGCGAUGUCGCAAGCACUUGUGCACUCAUCACAACCUUCCUCCUACGCAUCUCUGUGGAGAGAUUGGUUGGACCUAUGAGGGUCAAAUGAGUCCUCUGGACCAAGAGAACGCACGAAUGCAGACUAGCCUCAACGACCUCGGUAUCGAGCGCUCAGCGCUUGAGCUCCGACCCGGACAUACCUUGAAGCCUAUCUGUCUCGUGGUCGACUCUCUCCCCCGGGGCAUGUUCAAUAUCAUCGUUCCCAUCGAAUUCGAUGAUGGCGUCAAGUGGGUCGCGCGCGUCCGCCGGAAGACGUUCUUCCAGCUUCCUUCUCGGGUCGUGCGAAUGUGCACGCAGGGGGAGAUUGAUACGAUGAAAUGGCUGGCUAGGGUGGACGCAGCGCCAGUGCCUAAGAUCGUUUCGCCUUUGUACACUCACGGUGAUACCGACUUCUACUUCAUGGAGAUGAUAACCGGUACAUCUUUCCCGGACCCACUGCCCACUGGUGAUGACCGCCUCUCCCUCAUCCGGACUACCAUUUGGGACUACGCCAAGAUCAGCAUCCGUCGCUCGCUGCAUCCCCUCCGGCUGGUCGGCACCCUCUAUCACGACCCCAUCGCAGACGCCUUCUCCGUUGGACCCCAUCUCAACUUCUUUAUCCCCAACCAGGCUAUCCCCCACUUCCCUGGCCCUUGGAAGACCACAGCGCAGAAGUACGCUCAACGCUUCGACGACAUAUUGGCGGAUAUUCGGGCGGGCACACUCUACCCAGACGAUCGGGAGCAGGCGUUCCUCGUCCACAGAUGGAUGAAGGAGGUCGUUGUCGCCUACCCUCCUUACCAGCACGAGGAAGAUACUUUCAUCGUCCACGAGGAUUCUAAUGCCGGGAUGAUCAUGGUGGAUGUGGAGGGGAAGAUCACCGGGUUGAUUGAUUGGGAACGCGCAUCGGUUGGAUCCAAGGUCGAAGCAUUCGCAACGCCCGCAGCCUUCGAGGACCGGUCCCUCAUUCUCACCGGAUCGAACGACCUCUCCUUUGCCGAGGUCGAGCUCGUCACAGCGUACACCGAGCUGGGGAGACCCGAUCUCGCGGAGUGCAUCGUGCUCGGGAAACCGUUUCAAUGGCUUUCGAUGAUCCUGGGGGCCGAAGACUGGAAGCUGUACAAAUAUCUGAAGGCGUUGGGGGUGUCGCUGGGCCUAGAGAUGGAGGACAGUAUGGCCGGAUUUCUCGAAGUGCAGAAGGGGAAAUACGAGGAAGAGCUGGGAUUUCUGGGAGGGCAAGCCUAG